CAGUCCCUCCCCUUCUCUGGCUCCCUGGCCUACCCCUGAGCACUGGGGUGGGGGUCAGACUGCCCUCCUGGCAUGCUGGAGAGACAGAGGCCCAUUGAGGCACUACAGCAGGCACACAGCGCCACCUUGUCCCCCCAACAAUCUGCCUUUGUCCUCACUCUUGGCUGCUACAGCCUGGGCCAGGGGGGUGCUGCCUGGGCCGGGCUCCAGCUCCCACCCUCCCUAAAAGGAAAAGGGGAAAAGGACAGCCAGAAAGAGGGGAAUUAGGGGAGGGGGAUGUAAACUUCUUCAGGCUUGGAUCCUUGGGGGGCUCCUGGUCUAGCUCAGAUUCUCAGCUUACCUCCCAGCUCCUCCCAGUUUCUGUGUGGACCUCCUCCUUUCCCCCCUCCUCCCUGCUCUCCUUCUCUAGGCCGGGUUGGGCUCUAGCAACCAGAGGGCUGACCACUCCUCCCCGCUCCUCCCCUGCCCUCCCCAUGUGCUUCCCGGGGUGGGGUGGAGACGGUGCAGGCACCAGCAGGGGCACUCUGGGCAGCUGGGAGAAGGCCCGUCUGGCUGAGCGAGGCUCCUUGGCGGCCCCUCGGCCGACCUCCCCGCUUUUCUUGCAGGUUUCUCCAAGUGCCUCCCUGCUUCUGUUUGCUUCCCCAUCUCUCCAGGUUUCUGUUUUCCCAGUUCCCUUCUCAGGCUGGUGGCAGUGGGGGCUGUGCCUGGUGGGCCCCACGGAGAUGCUCAGUGCUCGGGAUCGCCGGGAUGGGCUCCCUGCGGAGGGGGCAGCUGCGGGGCUCCAGGGCUUCGCUGUGGACAAGACUUUCCUCUCCUCCCUCAAAGGCAUCCUGCUGGAAACCGAGCUGGCCCUGACCUUCGUCAUCUUCAUCUGCUUCACGGCCUCCAUCUCCGCCUACAUGGCCGCAGCACUGCUGGAGUUCUUCAUCACGCUCGCCUUCCUCUUCCUCUACGCCACCCAGUACUACCUGCGCUUCGAUCGGCUGAACUGGCCCUGUCUGGACUUCCUCCGCUGUGUCAGUGCCAUCAUCAUCUUCCUGGUGGUCUCCUUUGCAGCUGUGACCUCCCGGGAUGGAGCUGCCAUUGCUGCUUUUGUGUUUGGCAUCAUCCUGGUUUCCGUCUUUGCCUACGAUGCUUUCAAGAUCUACCGGACCGAGAUGGCUCCCAGGACCACCCAGGAGGACCAGCAGUGACCCUGAGCUAACUGGCUCCUGGGCCCAGCCAGACAAAAGGAACAGAGCAGCCCUUUGGAUCCUUUGGAUUCUCUAGCCUGCAGCCUAAUGUCCCCCAGCCAGGCCUUCAGGGAUGGAGUCUGGCCUGAGAAGUCACCAGGGACUUGUCUGUGGGGCUCAGUGCUCUGAGAUCUGACUCCCGAUGAAGCUCUACUGGGAAGGGGGUGUUUUGGGGAGGGAGAGCAGGAAGAAGCUGAUCAAUCCCAAAUUAAAAGAUUCGAAUCCUGCUGGUGUCUUUUUCUUCCCUAGGAGUUAGGCAGAUCAGGAAAACCAGGGAGUAGUCACAAAAAAGCUGCCUGGAGCAGGUCAUGGUC